GUGCGUGACGUGUCGUCGCCUCCUGUGUGCAGCUCAUAACCCCGUUGUGUCUCGCGCGAGUGCUUACGAGCGAGUGCGUACGCCGGGGCAUUCGUUAAUACCGUUUCCGGCGUGCGCCUGGGUCGUGCCGAUAUACAGUUUCGGUUGUGUUGUCUGUCUUUAUUGUAUCUCUCGCGCGCGGCGUCCAUCUAUCCAUCCGUCCAACUUUUAUCGUUCUCUGUCUUCUGCGUGCGCUCGUUAUUAUCUUCACCAUCAUCUUCAUCUUCAUCCUCUUCUUCUUCUUCUUCUUUUUCUUCUUCUUCUUCUGUGGAGUAUAGACGCAGCGUCACGGGUUUCCGCUGUUUCGCUCCUCUCGCAGGAGGUCAGCACCUCAGCGUUGGUAGGUAGAAGUCGAGAUGUUGUGAUGGCUGGUAGGUCACGACGUUCGAGCACAGAGCUCGAACCGGAUUUAUCGACACCAACUGCCUCGAAAAGGCCCAAGCAAUCCGAUUCGUCUGAAGAAAAGCACCUAACAAAAGUGGAAAGUACUGAGACAUCGAGCACGAGUGAGAUACCUGCACAGACAGAGAUCAUUUCGGAAGGAGAUAAACAACUUUCAGAUGUUACAGAGAUCUCUGCACAGACAGAGAUCGUUUCGGAAGGAGAUAAACAACUUUCAGAUGUUACAGAGAUCUCUGCACAGACAGAGAUCGUUUCGGAAGGAGAUAAACAACUUUCAGAUGUUACAGAGAUCUCUGCACAGACAGAGAUCGUUUCGGAAGGAGAUAAACAACUUUCAGAUGUUACAGAACAGGCAACAACAUCGAAGCAAUCGGUUUUAAUCAGUGAAACAUCUUCGGAAUCGACUAAACAAUCGUCUCAAACGGAUCCGGAUCUCCCCAAACAAAAGAGUGAUAUCGCAUCGACCUCAACGGAAGCGAUCCCGAGUACAUCAAGAGAAGAGCAGCUCAAGACGUUAAAAUCCGUUGUAAUGAAGUACAGCGAUCAAGGUGAGCUCUCUGCUCCUUCCGGAAGAAGAUCAGAAGAGACGACGAUACAAAGUUUCUCGCUGCGUGAACGAGCGUCGUUCGAGAAUUUGUCCGUUAUCGGGAAUGGCGCUUACGGGACUGUGUACAAAGCUACAGAUAAGAAUAGUGGUCAAACCGUAGCGCUUAAGAGAGUCAGGAUACCUUUGACGGAGGAUGGUCUGCCUACGUCCACAGUAAGGGAAAUUGCUGCCUUGAAGUCGCUCGAACAAUACGAGCACCCACAUAUUGUCAGAUUAUUGGAUAUCUGCCAAGGAGGAGAUUAUCUUGAUGUAUCAUCAGGUGAUGGUACAUUCGAAAGACCGGAACAUGAUAUCACUUUUUGGUUAGUGUUCGAACACGUAGAAAGAGAUCUCGCUUCAUACAUAGCUAAUUAUCGGAAUAGCUCGCCCCGAUCAAGCAUCCCACCGUAUCUUGUGAGGCAAAUGUUAAAAGAGAUACUCUGUGGAGUGGAGUUUCUACACAGCCACAGAAUAAUACACAGGGACUUGAAGCCACAGAAUCUUCUAGUAACGCGGGAAGGGAGAAUCAAAAUCGCGGAUUUUGGUCUAGCCAAGACGUAUGGUUUUGAAAUGAGAUUAACUUCCGUGGUUGUAACCCAAUGGUAUCGAGCACCCGAAGUACUUUUAGGAUGUUCUUAUGCUACUCCUGUAGAUGUUUGGUCUGUCGGAUGCAUACUAGCAGAACUUUGCAAAUUGGAACCGUUAUUCCCAGGUACCAGUGAAGGUGAUCAACUGGACAGGAUUUUCCAAGUUUUGGGUACUCCGUCACAGGAAGAAUGGCCGGAGAAUGUAUCUCUCAAUUGGAAUGCUUUUCCAAACAGACUUCCGAGACCUCUCAGUCUAAUAGUACCAGAUCUCAAUGAAGAUGGAUUAGACUUAAUAAAGAACAUGCUCAUGUUUGAUCCUCAUAGUCGUAUAACUGCAGCUCAAGCCGUAAGACACCGAUACUUUUCCGAGGAGGGCGUACAAUGACUAUUCCGUAAAUUAUCUAGACUUAUUGCUGGAUUAUAUAUAUAACUGGCAAACUCAGACUGACGUAUUAUAUUCAGGAAUAGAAGUAUAUACGUGUAUACAUAUAUAAGUAUAUGCGACAUUUAAGCGUAGUA